AUGCCAUACUUCAAGCUUCGUGAUGAAGCUGAGCUUUACUACAAGGACUGGGGCAAUCCCGGAGGGGCCAUCGUCACCUUCUCCCAUGGGUGGCCCUUGAGCAGUGACAACUGGGAAAAUCAGAUGAUGUAUCUCGCUGAUCAUGGCUACCGUGUUAUUGCACACGACCGGCGUGGUCAUGGGCGAUCUACUCAGACCUGGGAUGGGAAUAACAUGGAUACCUUUGUCGAUGACCUCGAGGAGCUAUUUGCCCAUCUAAAGGUCAAAGAUGCAGUGAUGGUUGGCCACUCGCAUGGUGGAGGAGAGGUUACCCAUUACCUUGGAAAGCAUGGCACAAGCCGCUUUAAGAAAGCUGUUCUGGUCGGUGCCGUGCCCCCCUUGAUGGUAAAGACUAGUGCCAAUCCCGAGGGAACUGAAAAGUCCGUUUUUGAUUCGUUCCGAGAGGCAAUGCGUAAAGAUCGCGCUCAAUUCUUCCUGGACGUCCCUAGCGGGCCGUUCUUCGGAUUUAACCGAUCUGGUGCACAGCAAAGCGAAGGGCAAAUUCGUAGCUGGUGGCAGCAGGGAAUGAACACCAGCUUCAAGUCAGCAUACGACUCAAUCAAAGAUUUCUCGGAAACAGAUUUCACGGAAGAUCUGAAGAAAAUCGAUAUCCCAGUGCUGGUUCUGCAUGGGGAUGAUGAUCAAGUUGUACCCAUUGAGGCAUCAGGAUUGAAGUCAGCAAAACUUCUGCCUCAAAGCAGCCUGAAGAUCUACAAAGGAGGAUCUCACGCUAUCCACAACAUCAAUGUUGACGAAGUUAACAAAGACCUUCUCGAUUUUAUCAAGUCUUGA